AGAGCGAUGGUGUGGAAGAAGAACAUAAGGUUGGCGAGUCAGUAUUUCUCAGUGCCUUGCCUCGUUCAGACGUUUUGAGAUCGAUUGGAAAGAAAUUCUUCAUAAAUACUUACCGUUUCAGCCACAUCAUAGUUCUGUGCACCCUCUCCGCAUUCCCAUUUGUGAUUAUGAAGAAGUUUUAAUUUGUCCACAAUUCUUUUGCGGACAGAGUUCUGUGUGAAUUUUCGAAUCUUUUGGGUAUAAAAACAAAUUAAUUUGUGUUGUAGAUUAAAUCAGUGAAAAUAUAAGUUUUCGUUUUAAUAUUAAUUAAUUAAUAGUGAAGAAAUUCCUCUUUCUUGAGAGAAUACCUUAAAAAGAAAAAAGAGAGCAACUAAAAAAAAAUAAGGAUAGCAGAAUGGAUUAUUUUUGCAAUAGCAAUUUAACAAAAAUCUUCGCAGUUCUCUUUAUCAUCACACAGUACAAGUAUACAGAGGCUGUGCAGCAGCUGUGGCCUGGCACCCUUAGCCAUGAAAAGUGCUCCAGUGGACGGGGGUUGAAGUACAUUUCCGGGGAUGCCCUAACAGACAGUCCUAGCUGUAUAGGACCCAAUAGUUCUCCAUAUCCCAGUGCAGCCGUAGCACGAACAUUCGCCAACUGGAAUGCUGGGGGAUCAACGAGACGCGGUAGACAGAGUCAACUUCCCACGUUGGAUCCACUCGCCACCCGGUCAGCCCUCCUCAAGGCCUACAGUGUAGCAAAUGCAGAGACAACGGAUGCACCAGGAAGCAGAUUCAGUCGAUCUGUGAAUCAUCCGGCAACGAAUGGUGAUGGUCAAUGCGGUGGUACACCGGCGAGAUUGUGCAAGACGAGGUACAACACCACGGCACCCAUGUACGGUGUCAGCUUAACAUCUGGACAGCCUGUGACAAUUGUCCAGAAAUUCCCCGAUCUACUGCAACAAGUUGUCUUCGAGGUGUGCGAAUCAUCGGAAUGUGAUGUUGUCCGCGGUGAGUGUACACAGACCUACGUUCCGUAUCUCUUCCUCGUCAUCCCCCUGGGACCAGUUACGCUUACCGGACAGGAUUAUGUACUCGUGGAGAGUGGGUGCGUGUGUAAGCCGAAAUAUGCGACGGGAGCUCCGCAGGAACCCAACAUUAUACCCUAGAGAUGAUGCAAAAAGUACAACAUCCGCAGUACAUCGCAUAGGAUGGGCACAGAAAUAGCAAGAGGGCCAAGAAGGAGAUCCCAAUGAAUUAUUUUCUUGUUAAAAAAAAAAGCAAUUUCAAAAGAGAAAUGCAUCCUUUUCGUUUGCAGUCCGCAUGUGCUACCCAUAAAUGAGGACAACGAAAGAGAAAUUAAUGAAAUUGUAAAUUACAAGAGAAAAAUAAAUAUUAAGUAGUAUUUAA